AUGAACAGUAAUGAAACUCAGAUGGCCCGGAAAGAUGAAAGAGUUGUAUCUAGUUUAUUUGCUAGAAGUUUAGAAAAUAAUUCAACACGUGAUUUAACCGAAGAAAAAAUGACUUUUAUUUGGCUUCAAAUAUUGACCAAUGUACUUAUUUAUAUGCCUAAAUUAGAAGAAGAUGCACAAAAUGAAAUGAUUGUUCUAUGUCGUCAAGAAAACAAAAAUGAUCAAGCACAGCUGAAAUUAAUUGAAGAAUUUUUCAAUGAAUAUAAACUGAGCGAAGCAAUACGUUGGUAUACUCAAAAUACAUGUUUCUAUAAAUUGCUUAACCAAGCAUUAAGAACACAAAACUAUGAUAUUAUUUUCAAAUUUCGAUCAUUGAUUAGUGAUGUUUAUCGACAAAUAAAUGAUUUGUUUACACCUAUAAUCGACAAGUUACGUUCAUUUCGCGUAUAUCGCGGUCAAAAUAAGUCUAUAUCUGAACUGGAAACACUACGUGGUAAUGUAGGAGGAGUUAUUUCAACGAAUAGUUUUGUAUCAACUUCAAGGGAAGAAAAUUAUGCACUAUGUUUUAUUCAAGGUGCAGUGCCAGAACCAGGAUUUGCCAUCGUUCUAUUUGAAAUGGCAAUAGAUACGCGGAUCGCAAAGAUAGCAGAUACACCUUUUGCAAAUAUUCAAGAUCAUAGCUACAUUCCUGAUGAAGAAGAAAUUUUAUUGUCUAUGGGUACAAUAUUUCGAAUUGACUCAAUCGAACGAGAACAAUUAGAUGCAUCGAAUAUAUGGCGCAUCAAAACAACUAUGUGCACCAUCAAUGAUGAUCCACAAGUAAACACAUUUAUAAAAAUUCUAUGCCGAGGUUAA